GGAUGGAUCUUUCGCGGAAACUGGUACAAAAACAACGGCGGAACCAGAACAUCAUCUAUCUCAUUAGCGAUUCUAUCCAAGAAAGAUAUAGCUAUACCCAUAGCCAACAAGAACAAAGCUCAAGCUAGCUAGCCAGCUAUAUAAGAAGAAGAAGAAGAAGCAACCAUGUCGUUUGUAGCUACUUACGGGUUGACUUGGAAGUUGUAUUUGUAUUAUGUGAUGGAGGAUUGGGCAGGUCGCGAACGCACUAUAGGAGAGAUGAAGGUUCACUUUGUCAAGGGGAUUCCCGUGGCAUCGAAUCUGGUGUGGAAUGUGGUCAUGUUUGUGUGGAUGCAGGCCAUUCUGAUUCACUGGGCCAACUUUUCUCCCGCGUUUGAACAGUUUUGUGGAUUGACGGUGCUCUUGCCGUGUCUCUUGGGGAGUUUGAGUUAUUACUGUUUCAAGUACGGAAUCCACGCCGUUGCCACGGCACUGGUGGAUGGAUCCACUUUGAUGGGCUGGAUCCACAAUUGGCUCGCCAUGCAAGGUCCCACCAUGGUGGCGUUGACGCAUUCCAGUCUCUUUUAUGUGGCGGGAAUUGUCCUGCAACCUUACGUGCUACCCCCGCAAUGGGACUUUUCCCUACAGUUCCCCAAGGACCUCUACGAAGAAUACCUUACUCUGUGCGUCUAUUGGUUUGCCGCCUUGACACUAUUCUGUUUGAUUACACUACCCUUAUCCAAACAGGGAUAUCACGUCGCCAUGACAGCCGCAGGUCGCCACAACAUUACCAUUUCCUACCUGGAAGCAUUCAUGGAACUCAUAUACCAGAGUGCCCAGGGCACUUCCAUUCUCUUUACCAUUAUCCCUCUCGUUGUCAUACUCCAAGACUACUGUCAGUUCCGUGUCUACACCCUCCACAUGAUCAUGACGGCCAUUGAAAUUGCAAAGUACAAUUAUCCCGUCAAUCACAAAUUCUGUAUUACCCAUCAAAUGAUGCAUGAAAUACAGCCGCUCUGUCAAAUGACACACAUCGAACAUCACGUCUGCAAGGGCAUUUAUCCCACAUCGCCGGCAGCGGGUUUGUGGGAGAAUUGGGUCUUUGGACAUUCCAUUUUUGUGACACAAUUGGUCGGUAUGGCACCCGUGCCGUAUUCCUUCUUGCAGGGCAUGUACAUGGGAGCCAAUCUCGUGGUGCAUACCAUGUGGCCCCAUCCCAAAUUACUGCAAUGGCAUACACUGCACCAUACUAUUUUGGCCGAUGUCUACAGUGUCAACAAUCCCAGUGAUUACGACAAGGAUCAUUCGCAAUCCGUCAAAGUGCUGCAUGCCAAGUUGCAAGCCGUGUCGCCCUUUGUGCGGUACGAGUUUUUGCCCGAAUUUUUGGCUACCGUGUUGGUGGUAACGUGCGGUUUGGUGAUGCAUUACGGAUUGGGGUUGGGUCUCGGACAUGUCGAUUGGGCGGGACGGGUCAACUGGGAAUACUAUCGAGAGGAUGAAAUCAACACUACUUCUUCCAGUAGCUACGAUGUUCUCUGGAACUCGACCAUGGCAUAUGCACAGCGUUCCUUUUCCUGGGCCGUGUCGUCGUCGGUCUGAACGAAAAACACAAAAUGCAAUCAGCUGCAUGCGUACUGUGAAACUUACUUGUGAUGAUGUUCAUGUUUUUGUCCUUCUCAUAAUAAUGCAAUCCAUAACUAACUACUACUACUAAGGUAGAACUCUGUGUGUA